ACUUGAUAGUAACAGUGAGUAUUAUAUUCUUUGAUAGUAACCAAAUAUUCAUUCACCACAAUGUACGUAUCACGUACGUAGGUUUCAUGCAGGAUAUAUAUCGAUGACGUUACAUGACAUGUUUUUGUUGAAACAUUAAACAAUGUGUCAUAUUAUAUGGUUUUAGUGGUUAAAUAUAGAUAUGUAUUUUUAUUGAUGGCCAAGCCUGCACCAAUAUCUUCUAGUAGGAAUUUAUCAGCUGGCGAUGGAAGUGCAUUCACUUUAACCUUUGCCAUAGAAUUACUCGGAAUAGAGGUUUGGCAUGAUUGCAACGAAGGUUGGCUUGAUCUUGGGCCCUGUACUCAAGGCAUGAAGAUACAGUACCAAUUGUAUCCUGGACAGAAUUUUGAAUUAGAUAUUCUCAUAUGGCCCCAUGCUGUCAAAAUAUGGAGUGGUAUGAACUCCGAUUGGGUUCGGACGUGGCAGUUCUUGGAUCGCCGAUGGCUGGCAUUUGAUAUUCGCCAUAUAUUUCCCGUAAAGGUUGUGGAAUUGCAUGCUUUUGUGGCGACGGUUUACCCUACCUUUGGAGUUGGCGCUCUCGGAUCCAAUGCAAAAAACGACAAGGUUACAGAAGUAUUUCUACCGCGUCUGAAGUUUGGGCAACAACGAUAUUUCGCUCCAGUAAUAGAAGAGGAGUCAAGCCUUGAGACUUUCAUCUACGAUUUAAUAUGGAAGACAGUGGAAGGUUAUAUACCCGUCUCUUAUUUGGACGGAUUGUUUGAUGUUCCACAUCCUGUGGCAGACGUACGACAUCAAGAUGCCGUAUUACAUCACGUAAGGGAAACCGCUCUCAAUCGCAACUUGUCUGUACAAUCCGAGCCAGAAUUAUCAAGCAUAAGCAAGAAAACAUUAGCAAACCAAAAGAAGAAAGUAGAAGUACCGAAAACUAAAUUUGAAAUUAUUUUGUCGGGGAAUAAUAUUUUAGCGGGAGCUGGUCGGCAAGUUGCUUUCCAAUCGGUCGGCGACCGGCCGCCGGAACUAGGGGAGUUUUUUGUCUUCAUCUCCAGUCAGAAUUUGCCCGCCUCCGACGGCUAUCCGAUACUUUUUGUAAACAUCGAUUCUCUAUUCGAUGUGCCGACAGAAGCGUUGAAGAAAUAUCAGAUAUCGCAUAUUUAUACACGCUGGUCUAUGGGAGAAGAGACACAUGACUCGGAACAUCUGCAGCUUAUAGGAAACAAAACAACGUAUAACUUCGACGAUCAUCACGCGCUGCCGUUGCCGUGCGAUGUGGCUUUCAAAAUUAUCUGCGGACUCAUGGAUGACGACUUCCGUAUUCAGCUACGUGGAAUAAGACAAGCCCCAAAACAAUAUGAUGACCCGAUUUUUUUUGGCUAUGACAAAAAAGACUGCUUAUUUGCUACUACUCCGUCCACAUUCAAACAUUACGAAACCGAUUUAAUAAUAGCUGAAACUAAGAUCAACGUACGGUCUCUUGGAAAAGGUGUUAGUGGUGUAGUUCAAGGAGAAUUCGCGUUGUUGCCUCCAAACUUCGCAGUGAAGAGCUUAGGCCGUCAAGCAUUCUGCACAAAUGAUCAAAACGGUAUCAACUUGCCAGUUGACCCUGAACUAAUAGUUCCAUCAUACGUUAUCCUAGACGCUCAAAUGACUUUGGAAGUACGCAUGGGCUAUGCUGGAUGCAGGCCGCAAAGGUUGGAAAAGAGUUAUUCCAGAAUGAUCUGCCUUAUUACCGAUCAAUGGUUGAUAAUGGAAUUGUUAAUGCUAGUUACUGACAUUAAUCAUGAUUUGGAAAUUACCAAAGAAAGCGACGAUUUUUUGUCAGGUUUUGCCAUUGACACGGGCCAAAUCGUAAUUUUUUACGUUGAGGGGCUUAAGGAUGGAGUAAUUUUACAGCUUUGGGAAAAAACUGGAGACUAUUAUCCUCACUCUAACCCGUUGUUUUCCUCGUCAGCAAAAUAUGCAUCCAGGGUUUAUCCGGAUUUAACGUUCGCUGGCACUCCUGCAUGUUUCAAGAUAAUGAAGAUGUUUGUUCCGCUGUCGGCAGUUUUGGCUUGUCCCCCUGUUUAUGCGAGACCAGGCUUGCCUAUUUUAGCUCGAUAUGCCACAUUGAAACUAGGUCGGUUGCUGAGCAACAAGCGGUGGUGGCGGCUCGGGCCGCCGACUAGCGAGCUGCCUACCGCCGCAGAGUUGGUCAGCUUUCGUCAGGAGCUCUGCACAGCGCCCCGCCCGUCCCAAGCGAUGACCGCCAUGUGUGCCAUGUUAGUCAAAUCUGGGCCCAACAAGCAUGCUGGCCACGACUGAACAGACCUAGAAAAGGAUUUAGCGUUAAUUUUGUACCUCUAUUAUAUUAUAUUCCCUUUUGCCAAAUAAAAUUGUUAACUAAUAUUAUAGCUCCGACGCUCCGAAGUAAAUUUAGAGAUUCCAAUAAAUGUUGUGUCAAAAAGAUUAUUUCACGUAUUGUUGUCGGGUGACAAACAAACCUCAGUAAAUAUACUUUUAUGAAAAAAGAUUGUUGGAUGAAAUGUUUUCAUAGUCUGGAAAGUUUCGCUUUUUAACGAUAGACCGCCUAAUAAUCAGAGGCCGAAAUUCUCGUGGUAUUUUUGAAUUGCCCCAGGGACUUUUAUCGACUACCGAUAUAUGUACAUAUAUCGAUAUAAAGUAGAACACAACAGGCGGUCUUAUAUCGCUAAGGAGCGAUUUCUUCUAGAAAACUUUCGAGUACUUAGUUGAAAAUGUGCUUUUAAGUUAUUAAUAUGUUGUGUUCUUUUAUCGAUAUAGAUAUAUCGGAAGUCGAUACAUGAGAAGUCCAUAUGACAGUUCAAAAAUGCCACGAGAAUUCCAGCCUCUGCUAAUAAUACAGCAAUUUAUAGGACAUUGCUGUAUUAUUUAUACCAAUUUUUUUUUUUCAAAGUGUGAAUAAGAAUGUUUGUAUUGUAAAGGCUAAAAUUAGUGACAUAUAAAACAGUGUCAUCAAAGAAGUGUACAUAUGUACAAUUCUCGUAAUUCUUUUACCUGAACUUGUGCUAUAAAAACAUUCCUUCUUGCCAAAACUUCCAAGUAUACAAAAAAAUCAGAAUGAUUUUAUUUUAAGUGUGCGAGAGAUACAAAUGGACGUACAUUUUUAUUACAAUUAAUUGCGAUUAUUUUGUUCUAAAAUACACGAAUUGUAAGUAAAUUAAUUAUUGGAAACGGGUAGUGAAGGCUGUAUAAUUUACAUAUACCUUGAAAUAUAUCAAGUUAACUUUUUACGAAAUUAUUAUUUUCGUAAAAUUCUGUAUCAUUUGCAGGUAAAACAAAUUUGAUUAAUUAAACAAAACCAGCACUUUCUGUAAUCAAGUUUUCAUUGAAAAACAAAAAUAAAUUGUUUUCCUUGAAA